AUUUUCUUAAUACUUAAAUAUCUUAUUAUAUUUGUAUAGAAACUAAGUAAAAAUAUAUCCUAAAAUAGAUCGAAUAAAACAAUUAAUCGAUGAUUAACAACUAGGUAUCGGUGGGAUGAUCUUUUCUUUUUUUGGUCCUGGUUUCAAUUUCAAAACUUUUAUUGUUUCUAGAAAAAACAACGACUUUUAUAAUCUGUAUGAUUUUUUGAAUAUAUAUAAAAUGAAUAUUGAUGAUUUUGAGAAAUUAACAAUCCCAGGUCGAAGAUUUCGGUCACUGGAUCCCAUAGGAUUCUGUAGGAAAGAUGCGGGAAAAUUCACCGUAUCCUGCACGAAAACACUGAAAGUCGCCGGAACAGGGUGGCAGUAUUCCGGCCGGAAAAGUUUUGGAUUUUUCCGGACAACUUCCUGAAAAAAACGGGAGGAAUUUGAUCGAAAGUCACAGGAAAAAUCCGAAAAGUGUCCAGCCGGAAUACUGCCACCCUGUUCCAAUAACUUCCAGUGUUUUUCUGCUGGAACCCACUCGUACUUCUCGACCUAGGCAUAAAUAAAUAAAAAAGGCCUAUUUGUAGAUCAUUAGUCAGAACAGAAUAAUAAAUAUGGAAAUAGGUAGUCUAGUUCUGGAACAGAAAACAUUACGGGACCAGUUUGCAGAUCUCUAUUAGCAACACUAAUUAUAUCAUGUAAUCGCACGAAGAUUACAUUUACAGAUUUCUUUUAUCAAAUUUAAAGCAAAAAAAAAAAGUCAAGGUAAUCAUUUUGAUCGGAAAUGUUAUUGCUAAAAAGUUCUUAUCAUAAGUGGUUCCCAUAUUGUAAUAAAAGAAAAAAAAACUCCUGAAAGUGCCGAUGGCGCAAGACGCCAUCAUAUUGAAUGCCGCCGACAUACGUGAAAUCAUUCUCACAAUUCAUUACAAUGAAUACCGACUUAAUAUUAUUUAAUAAACAAAAAAUGAAAACAUUCCUAAAGCAAAACGUCUCAAAUUUGAGUACCAUUAGAACUCUUCAAAAGUGCUCAGUUUCUAUUUUCGUCUUUCUAACAAUUAAUUAAUUGCACGUUCUUUUUUUUUUAAUCAAAGGUAAAUCAGUUCGUGUUGACAUGAUUUAAUGUCAUAAGCUAUUAAUAUAAAAAAUAUCGACAAGAUGUUAUAUCAAAUACUGUUGUUGUUAUGUAAAAUUGUUUUUUUUUAUAUCUAAUUAGUCAAUAUUGUUUAUCAUAGUAUCAUUUAUGUUACUCACAUUAUGGAAAUUGUAUGUUAUUAUUCAUGUCAUAAUGAGAAAAUUUUAUCAUAUAUAUAUACAUAUAGACAUGAUUUAUUUUCUGUCAAGAACAAAUUAUUUUGUUUUUUUGUUUAAAAUUUUAUAUGUUUUAAUUAAUAUAUUUAUUAAUAAAUAUAGAUUGAACCAAAUUUAAAUGUUGAUUUGGAAAAAGAACGACGACGUGCAGAUGAAUUUGAAAAUGAUUAUAAAUCUUUAAAAAUAAAAUAUGAUGAUGUAUGUGAACGUAUUCGUAUAGCUACACAUCAAUUAGAUCGCUCUGAAAUUAAUGCUCAAUCUGAAUAUCUUUCACAAAAUGUUCUUAAUGUAACAUCAAAAUAUAAAGAUAAAUUAAAUACAAUUAAAGUUCGUUUGUAA